UUUGCCGAGGUUAGAGGAAUAUUUCCGUGUUGAAAAGGAUGGAAUAUACUCGGAGUUUAACAUGAAUAAACCAGCCGUUGUUGUGUUUUUGGUCAAAUAAGGAUCAGCAUGUGGAAGAAAGAGAAUUUGCGAAAGAACUUUCUUCGUAUCAGACAGAUAGCAGAUCAGAAUCUUGGAAGAGCGGAGAAGUCGGAGGUGCUGUCCGAUGAGCUUCUGUCGGUGGAGAAACGGGUUGACGUAGUGAAGACCAACAGUGCGGUGAUCACCAAGAAGAUUUCAUUAUGUCUGCAAGCUCAGGGGGUCGACAUCGAGAAACGACUGAAAAAGUUGCCGGAGACUUCUUUAGCUCACAGUUUGAUUGAGUCAGCUGGUUUGCUUGGAGAUGAAACCCUUCUGGGACAGGUCUGUCAUAUGUGUGGAGAGUGUGAGAGUACGCUGGCACGUGAACGUCUUCAGUAUGAAAUCAACGUGGAGAGAGACGUUUUACAGCCACUGCAGUCAAUCAACGAGGUUGAUAUUCCAGCCAUAAUGAAAGUCCGUAGGCACUUGAACAAGGCAACAUUAGACAUGGAUUCAGCUAAAGGGAGGUUUAACUCUGCUGUGCGGCAGUCUAACAUGUCGGGGCAGAACUUCACCAUGGCUGCAGCGAAAGCAGACACAAUAAAAGAUGAAUAUGAUGAAGCAUCGAAUAAAGUAGAAAAUAUUAAAGAUGCUUUAGCUGUAGAAAUGUCAAAUUUUAUAGCCAAAGAAACAGAUCAUAGUUCAAAAUUACUUGCAUUAUUGGAGGCGCAGGAAGCCUACCACAAGAAGGCUUUGGAAGCCAUCAAAACUGUGAUACCGAAAAUGAAAGCAGCAAUAGAUAACUGUCCGACAAAGCCGGUGUAUGGGAUGUCGUUAACAGAACACCUGCGUGUGACGGGACGAGACAUUGCUGUGGUGCUUGAGGCCUGUAUAAGAACUCUGCUGGAGACUGCCAUGGAAGAAGAGGGUUUGUUUAGAAUAGCUGGUGGUGCAAUGAAACUCAAGAAAUUAAAGGCUUGUUUUGAUGCAAACAUUGUAGACAUGAUGGAGUUUAGCACAGAACCCCAUGUUGUGGCAGGUGCCUUGAAACAGUACCUGAGAGAACUUCCUGAACCUCUUCUUACCUUCCAACUUCAUUCGGAGUUCAUGCAGGCUGCUCAGUUGCCUCAAAAUCAGCAGUUGCAAGCUUUCUGGACAGUUAUUUCAAAGUUGCCAAAGCAAAACUAUGACAAUUUUAGGUAUUUGGUGAAAUUUUUGUCACUUCUUUGUGAGAAAAGUGAAGUAAACAAAAUGACACCCAGUAAUGUAGCCAUUGUGAUAGGGCCGAACCUCCUUUGGUCAAAAGGAGAAAGUGCGCCCAAUAUGCUCACUACAGGGACUCUUAGUGCCAUAAUAGAGGCAGUUGUGAUGCAUGCUGAUUGGUUCUUUCCAGGAGAUUUUGACUUUCACUUGACAUCUCGUGGAUCAGCGCCCCUGCCAUCCAAGAACGAUCCCAGAUUUCACAAAACUGCUUUAACCAAUCAAACAGCCUCCACUCCCGAAUCAAAAGUGGUGCUGUUGCCCGAAGAAAAGGACAUAAAGAUGGCUCCUAUCUCCACAGGAGAGAUGGAUCUCGACUCUCAGACUCUUUUGCAGCUGAGCAAGAUUAUGGCUGAUGAUCCUGUGGUCCCUUUGGAAGACUGUGCCACUGCGACUGUUGGCAAUUGUGACAGGGCUUCUGUCUCGUCGACGGAAGGUGACCGAAUGCUUGCAUCGUCCGUUAGACUCGAUAACCGUUCGAAUAGCAUCGCUACUACUAACACCUCGCUAGACAUUAACCACUUGGACAUCUCUGCUAGGUCCUCGACUCCUUCCACACCAGUGUCGAAGAGUUUCUACUCUGAUGUCUACAACACGGUGUUUGCUCUUCAGUCUCUUGGGGACGACUCGUGGAAUGACUAUCUAACCAAAGUGCGAGCUAUGUGGGACGGUCAGUUUCAGACAACUCCCCUCCGUGAACAGAAUAACCACUCGGAAAAGAGCAGUAGGGACGCAGAAGAUCGACUUUCGGCAUUACAGGAAAAGCAAGGUCAAGGUCAAGACUUUGACUUUGCCGACGUGGGUGAGAGUCCAUUGCUCCACCACUAUGAUAACCCUCUGUACGAAAGCCCCACAGCCGCCACCCCUACCACCAAUUCUGUACAGCAGCCUCCCACUAGUAGCAGCCCACAACUUUCUGCGUCUCCAAAUGCGAGUCCUUCAUCGUCCACGUCGUCGACACAUACAGCGACAGACAACACAGCUGGGUCCUCCAUCAGUGUGAUGAGUUCGUCGGCAGACAACAAUAGAGAAGAACAAGUGAGCCCGAAAAUGCUCCGACGUCAAACACGAAAACAAGCCCCACCCCCUCCUCCUGAUCGGCCAUACUCUGUGGCCGUGACGGCAACAGUUUCCACGCGGCCAACUGUCAACCAGUCGUCUACGUGGCCACGGAACGCGCCUCUUGCUUCUCCAGAAUCCCCGUCGGAGGCAGGGGGCGAGGUACAGACACUGACUGAGCGUGUGAAACCGCUUCCUUCGGAAAAAUCACACCCGCACCAUGACAGACCUGCGGGCCCUCCCCCAGAAAAGCCGGAGAAGCCAGAACGGCCGAUGGGGCCCCCACCCGCCAGACCCAGCAUCCCGCCGACUAACCAUCAGAGAUCGUUGUCGACAGGCGCAAACAUCAACCUCACCCCAGCAGCAGCGGCUCAGGAUUCGUCCAGUGGUCAAGACUAGAUGUAUAUUACAAGUUGUUACUGCAAGUUGCACUGUGAGAAUUUACCUUAAAUUAAAACAACAGUUUGUCAUCCUUGAGCAGUCAGAUCAUAGAAAAGCGUUAGUAUGAUGGUAGGAUGAAAUUGUUGACCGCAAUAGCAGCAUUGUGUUUAUCUGUUGCAAUGCACAAUGCUUGCCAGCUACAUGCUUCCGAGUUUUGCAUCUCACUACAAUAUGGCCAACAGAGAGAAAUUUACAGCAUGAUGUUAAUAUAUAUAAAAGCUCCAUAAAAAGGAUAUUCUAUUUGUAAUUUAUACAUUUUUGGUAUCAAAUCUUACACUUUGACACUGUCAAUUCUUGAUAGUAAAAAAAAACCCAUUAAUUUUUUUUUUUUUUAAAUAGAAAAGCUUUUUCUCAAGAGAAAAUCAGUUUUUAUACCAAAAGAUGGUUUAUAGACUCUGAAAUGCUGCACUGGUAAUGUACAGUUUAAAAAGGAAAUUGUUUCAUUUGUAUUGACUUGUGUCAGUAAGGUGAUGAUGUCAGCAUUUGGUCAAACUCAGGUUAACAGGUUAAAGUGGUUAAAGUUCGGUUAAACGUUUGGUUAAACAUAUGGAUAAAGUUUGGUUAAACAUAUGGUUAAAGUUUGGUUAAACAUUUGGUUAAAGCCAGAUUAAAGUGUUGUUAAAGUCAUGUUAAAGUUUAGUCAAACAUUUGGUUAAACACUUGGUUAAUGUCAGGUUAAAGUUUGGUUAAUGUCAGGUUAAAGUUUGGUUAAAGUCAUGUUAAACAUUUGGUUAAUGUCAGGUUAAAGUUUGGUUAAAGCCAGGUUAAAGUUUAGUUAAAGUCAUGUUAAACAUUUGGUUAAAGUCAGAUCAAAGUUUGGUUAAACUUUCCACUUCUUGCUUUACAAACAUCAUUCUAGUAUAUGUUGGGAAUAUUUUGUGAUAUAUUUUAAUUUAAGCAUGGUUAAUCUGUGUUAAUGUUUGACUACGGAUUCUCUAAUUGCCUUUAACUCUUGAAUUGUUUAAUGGAUGAUAUAUCACAUUUAGUAUAUUGUUCACGAAGUAAUAGUCUUUCAAAUGCAUAACUCUAGCCCCAUGAAUGUGACCCUAGAACAAAGUGAUGGCCAUUGAGAAUUGAAGGUUUUCUGAUUGAAUUUAGCUCUAAAUUAAUUAAUGGAUGACUUUCAUCUCAAGCCCCAUGAAGAUCAAGGUCAUUUAAAGGUUAAUGUACAGUUAACUAAAACAAAUGAGUUUUUCAGUAGCACACCUUCAGUAUCAAAACUAUGAUGUCAAGGCAAGGUCAUGGUCAUUUGGAACUUUGUUAAACAUUUCUCCUUUUGCUUUUUAAAUUGUAAUUAUUCACCUCUUGGGCCAUUCCUUCUACCCCAAAGGUCCAGGUCAUUUUGAAUUUUGUUUGGUUUCUAAUUUUUUACAACUUUUGAAUCCUUUUGUUGUGAGUUGCUUUAAUAUUUGCUUUACAUUUUCACCAAGUGAUAUUCUUUACUCUACACAUCUUAAUAUUCAUAAAUAUGAUGCCAAAACAAGGUACAAAAUUCACAAAUAUAAAGAACGUAAUUAUUUGAAUCAAUGUUUAGCUAAUGGGGAAAAUAUUGUAAUUACCUAAUAUGCUCUUAAUAUAGAUUUACAAAAUGUUAAAGGAAUCAGGGUCUAUAUUUUUAAAGCAAUCUUACCCUACAAAGUUGUAAAACCAUUGUAAGCUAUGAUAUCACUAUGGCAUGUGCUGUAUGAAUGUCAUAACCUACGAUGGUUUUAUGAUUUCGUAGUGCUAAGAUGGCUUCGAAAAUGUGGGCCCAGGUGUUAAUCUGUCUAGCAGUUAUGUGGAUUGAUUUAUGUUUUCACUACUCAGCAUAUAUAACAUGCAGGCCAUCUUGGCUUGGCCAUUCUUGUUAGUUUAUAAGAAUAAUUAAAUCAAGUACUUUAAUCUUGAUUAAAGAAUGAUGCUAUGUUUAUGUGGAUUGAUUUAUGUUUUUACUAUUCCUCAUAUAUAAUAUGCAGACCAUCAUGGCGUGGCCGUUCUUGUUAGUUUAUAAAAAUAAUUAAAACAAGUACUUUAAUCUUAAUUAAAGAAAAAUGCUAUAUUUUAUGUUGAAAAUGUUGCGCAGAGCUCCAGAGUUUGGCACAAAAAACACAUUAAAUUAUUUUGGUAGAAAAUCAUGCUUGUAAGUAUUGUGCAUGUAGCUUAUCAAAUAUUUAUAAACCAGUUUGUGAAGAUUUAUAGAUAACUUAUUCAGUAGCGUAUAAGUUUUAAGCUUAAUAAUAUUGAAUGUAGAUUUUAUUAUUCAGAAGAAAAUCAGAAUUUAUAAAACUGUUAAAUUGCUGUGCACAGGCAGUUUACUUAUAGAAUAUCACUACGCAAAGCACUGUAAGGAUUAUAUUCUUUCUACAUGUAUUCAGUGAAAAUGUAUACAUGUAUGUUGUAAUUUUAACGUGAUUUUCAGUGUUGUGCUUGCUUCAUAAACAAAAGAGUUUUCUACAUUAUUUUCUGCUAUUUUCACUCUUCAGAUCUCAGUAAAUCUGGGUUGUGCUGUUUGCAGUAAUGUUAAUAAAAUGUCCAAUAAAAAUUGUAGUGCUUUGAAGAACCUGUAAUAACCUAUGAUGCAUUCAGAUGGAGACCAUCUUGGAUUUUUUUGUUUUUUUUGUUUUUUUGUUUGUUCUACAAAUGUAAUAAUAACCUGAUGCAUUCAGAUGGAGAUAUCUUGGU